AUGAAAAGUGUUGGCUCUAUAAUUCAAAAAGUUUUGAUGGUACCACCAACACAUUUUUGUGUUGAAUAUAGUAUUAAUCCAUGGAUGGGUGGUAUUGUUGAUAAAAAUAAAGCAAUGGAACAAUGGAAUAAUUUAAAAAAUUUAAUUGAAAUAGAAGGUGUAAAGGUUUUAACAUUAGAACAAGUAGAAGGUCUUCCUGAUAUGGUAUUUAGUUGUAAUUUUGGAUUAGUAUAUAAAAAUAAAGUAUUUAUAUCUAAGUUUAGGCAUUCACAAAGAAAAGGAGAAGAAAAAUAUUUUAAAAAAUGGUUUAUGGAUAAUAAUUAUGAAAUAAUUGGUGAUUCUAGUGAUGAUACUUUUGAAGGUGGUGGUGAUGCAUUUUUUUCUGAUUAUCAAACAUUAUGGGGUGGUUAUGGAGAGAGAACAGAUGAAAAUGUAUAUAAUAAUAUUUCACAAUUAGGGAUAAAUGAAUUUGAAAUUAUAAAAUGUCAAUUAGUUCAUCCAUUAUAUUAUCAUAUGGAUACAUGUAUGAGUCCAUAUUCUGAAACAGCUUGUUUAUGGUAUCCUCCUGCAUUUUCUAUUGAAUCACAAGAGAAAAUUAAAAAAAAAUUACCAGAUUCAAUAGAAGUUGAUGAUGAAGAAGCAAAAAAAUUUAUUUGUAAUUCAAUAUGUAUCAGAAAUACAAUUAUAUCACCAAUUGGUAUGAAACAAUUAACAAAAAAUAAGUUAAUGAAGCAAGGAUAUAAUGUUAAAGAAAUUGAUAUGAGUGAAUUUAUGAAGUCUGGAGGUGCAUGUCAAUGUUUGGUAUUGAAACUUUGA